AGUUACUGAUUUGAACCCUUUUCUUCAGAAUGGUGGAUUUCUAAAUGCAUAGCAUCAAUUUUCACUACAUGGGUUUUGGGAAAUGAUUUUAUUAUGAUAUGCAUUUGGUUUGUUCAAAACCAUUAAGGAGUGAAUGAAAAUUGACCACAUUGAUCUCCAUUUAAUAAAUCGGUUGAAGAAAGUCAAUAAAAAUUAUACUUUUAUGGACUUUAUUAAUGUUUUGAUGGAUUAUUUAUUUUCCUAGAGCUGUGUCUAUUCAUUGACACUUUUUCGGAUGAACAAUUGUAUUGUGCUUUUUUUUUGGCCUUUCAGACAUGUAAGUUCAGGCAUUUUUUUAGUGCAUCGAGAGUUCUAAAUUAUUCACUUGGCAUUUGGAAAAUUGUUUUUGAAUGCACAUGAGGGGACCCAGAUGAAGGAAUCCACAGUUUGAAAGCAAGAAGCUAGACGGAGAGAGUAGCUUCUGUACGCUGUUGAGUAGUCUUAUGGCAAACAGCAAAUACGAGUACGUGAAAUCAUUCGAAGAAGAAGAUGAAGUUAUGCUGCCUAAUUUGAUUGUUGUUCGGAUCAAGGGCCGCAAUUUUCGCAGGUUUUCUGAUGUUCACAAGUUUGAGAAACCAAACGAUGAGAAAGCUUUGAAUUUGAUGAACACUUGUGCCGCUGCCAUUUUGGAAGAGUAUCCAGAUAUUGUCUUCUCUUACGGAUUCAGGGAUGAGUACAGCUUUGUUUUCAAAAAGAAGUCCGCGUUUUACAAGAGGCGUGCUAGCAAAAUACUCUCUGUCGUCGUAUCCCUCUUCUCAUCUGUAUAUGUGACAAAGUGGAAGGAUUAUUUUCCUCAGAUGGAGUUGAGGUUCCCUCCUUCAUUUCAAUCUCGUAUCAUAACCUGUGCAUCAAUGGAGGUUCUUCAAGCAUACCUUACAUGGAGACAAAACGAUUGUCAUGUCCAAAACCAGUGUAAUACUUGUCUUUGGAUGCUGAUCAAAUGUGGGAAGAGUGAAAGGGAAGCACAAGAAGUUCUGAAGGGAACUGGGAAACAAGAGAAAAAUGAGCUGCUUUUCCAACAGUUUGGUAUCAACUACAAAAAACUUCCUCCAAUGUUCCGCCAAGGGUCAUGCGUUCUCAGGAGGGCAAAGAGAUGCAAGUCAGAGGUGGAAGAUAUUGAUAAAUAUAAAGACGGUGAAACUCUUGUUAAAAGUCCUGGGAGGAACGUAAUUUUGGUCCAUUCAGGAAAUAUAGCAUCAGGAAGCUUCUGGAGUGAGCACUCGUGUCUCCUGAAGGAGCUAGGUAGUUUUGAAGAGGACAUCAACAAAGUUAAACCUGAAUAUGUCAAGUCCUUCGAAUUUGAGCGCAAGUUGUUGCCUUCUACUUGGAUUGUGGUCAGAAUUGAUGGCCGUCACUUUCACGGAUUUUCUGAAGAGCAUGAAUUUGAGAAGCCAAACGAUGGGCAGGCUUUGAACCUUAUGAAUUCAUGUGCAGUGGCUGUGAUGGAAGAGUUCAAGGAUGUAGUCUUCUCAUAUGGUGUCAGUGAUGAGUUCAGCUUUGUUUUGAAGAGGGAUUCCCAGUUCCAUGACCGGCAUGCCAGUGGCAUUGUGUCUGUCAUUGUAUCAUUUUUCUCUUCAAUGUAUGUAAUGAAGUGGAAAGGUUUCUUCCCACAGAAAGAGUUGAAGAACCCUCCUCCAACUUUUGAUGGACGGGCUGUAUGUUAUCCAUCAAAGGAGAUUCUUCGAGAUUACCUAGCAUGGAGACAAGUUGAUUGUCACAUUAACAAUCAGUACAAUACUUGUUUCUGGAUGCUCGUCAAGUCUGGCAAGAGUAAAAGUGAAGCUCAGGACUACCUAAAGGGUACUCGAGCACAAGAGAAAAGUGAAUUGCUUGUCCAGCAAUUUGGUAUUGACUACCAGACAUUACCAGCCAUGUUCCGUCAGGGAUCCUCUGUUUUCUGGGACAAGGAGGAUCCAACUGAGAGGUACGGUGAUGGACCUGAUGGAAAAUCUCGGAAGAAAGUUGUGGUGGAACACUGUAACAUAAUUGAGCAGAGCUUUUGGGAAGCUCACCCAAAUAUACUUGAUGAAGAGCGUUAGAUGAUUCAUCUAUUUUUUCCCAUCCAACAUUAACCGUGUACGGUAAUUUAGUGAUGAAUUAUAACAGAAUUAGUGCGUAUGUUUUCACAGUUACAUUGUUCUGAGAUGAUAAUUCCACAGUUUGAUGUGCAUAAUGCAACUCAUGAUCUCAUCCCCUUUUUUU